AGAUGGAGAAAUCAAGGCACAGAAAAAUUGAGUGACUUUGCCACAGUCACAAGCUGGGGAGGGCCGGGAUUAGAACCCCAAACGAGCCCCACUACCUGCAUCUGGCCGGUGGAGCUGCACUGCCUGCCUUCUCAGGAGAGAAGACUUCGUGCAAGAUGGAUGUGGAUGCCGAGGAGAAGCGCCAUCGCACACGGUCCAAAGGGGUCCGAGUUCCUGUGGAACCAGCCAUACAGGAGCUAUUCAGCUGUCCCACGCCGGGCUGUGAUGGCAGUGGCCACGUUAGUGGCAAAUAUGCAAGACACAGAAGUGUAUAUGGUUGUCCUUUGGCUAAGAAAAGAAAAACACAAGAUAAACAGCCUCAAGAACCUGCACCCAAAAGAAAACCAUUUGCAGUAAAGGCAGACAGUUCCUCAGUCGAUGAAUGUUAUGAAAGUGAUGCUACUGAGGACAUGGAUGAAAAGGAGGAAGAUGAGGAGGAAGAGUACUCAGAGGACAAUGACGAGCAAGGGGAUGAGGAAGAGGAGGACGAGGAGGUGGACAGAGAGGAAGAAGAGGAGAUUGAGGAAGAAGAAGAAGAUGAUGAUGAUGAUGAAGAUGGAGAAGAUGUAGAGGAUGAUGAUGAAGAAGAGGAUGAUGAAGAGGAGGAUGAGGAGGAAGAAGAAGAAAAUGAUGACCACCAGAUGAGCUGUCAUAGCACUCGAAUCCUGCAAGACACAGAGAAGGACGACAACAACAACGACGAGUAUGAUAAUUACGACGAGCUAGUGGCCAAGUCGCUGCUGAAUCUUGGCAAAAUCGCUGAGGACGCUGCAUACCGAGCCAGGACCGAGUCCGAGAUGAACAGCAACACCUCCAACAGCCUGGAGGACGACAGUGACAAAAACGAGAACCUGGGCCGCAAGAGUGAGCUGAGCCUGGACCUGGACAGUGAUGUCGUCCGGGAGACUGUGGACUCACUGAAGCUGCUGGCACAAGGGCACGGGGUCGUGCUUUCCGACAGCCUCCACGACAGGGGCUACAACGACAGUGUGUCCCAGCAGGACGGCCGGGGCGUGAACUACGUCAUGCUGGGGAAGCCUGUCAACAACGGGCUCACGGACAAGAUGGUGGAGGAGAGCGACGAGGAGGUGUGCCUGAGCAGCCUCGAAUGCCUGCGCAACCAGUGCUUUGACCUGGCCCGCAAGCUCAGCGAGACCAGCCCGCCCGAGAGGAGUCAGCAGUCCAGCGUGAGCACCCGGCAGCAUGCACGGCCUGAGGACGACUUCCCAGGCAGGACGCCCGAUAGGAGCUAUUCGGACAUGAUGAACCUCAUGCGGCUCGAGGAGCAACUGAGUCCCCGCUCAAGAACGUUCUCUAGCUGUGCAAAGGAGGAUGGGUGUCGUGAGCGGGACGACGACACCACCUCUGUCAACUCUGACCGGUCCGAAGAGGUAUUUGACAUGACCAAGGGCAACCUGACCCUCCUGGAGAAAGCCAUCGCCCUGGAGACGGAGCGGGCCAAGGCCAUGAGGGAGAAGAUGGCCCUGGAGGCAGGCCGGAGGGACAGCCUACGGUCAUACGAGGACCAGUCUCCACGCCAGCUCUCUGGGGAAGACAGGAAGCCCAAAUCCAGUGACAGCCACGUCAAAAAGCCAUACUAUGGUAAAGAUCCCUCAAGAACAGAAAAGAAAGAGAGCAAGUGUCCAACCCCUGGGUGCGAUGGAACCGGCCACGUCACGGGGCUCUACCCGCAUCAUCGCAGUCUGUCCGGGUGCCCGCACAAAGAUAGGGUCCCUCCGGAAAUUCUCGCCAUGCACGAAAAUGUGCUCAAGUGUCCCACUCCGGGCUGCACAGGGCGAGGGCACGUGAAUAGCAACAGGAACUCACACCGAAGCCUCUCAGGAUGCCCUAUCGCCGCUGCAGAAAAAUUGGCAAAGGCCCAGGAAAAGCACCAGAGCUGUGACGUUUCCAAGUCCAACCAGGCCUCUGACCGAGUUCUAAGGCCCAUGUGCUUUGUAAAGCAACUGGAGAUCCCCCAGUAUGGCUACAGAAACAACGUCCCCACAACCACACCGCGCUCCAACCUGGCCAAGGAGCUGGAGAAAUACUCCAAGACAUCGUUUGAGUACGGCGGUUACGACAGCCAUGCUUACGGCAAGAGAGCCAUAGCUCCCAAGGUGCAAACCAGGGAUUUGUCCCCCAAAGGAUAUGACGAUGCCAAGCGCUACUGCAAGAACCCCAGCCCCAGCCCCAGCAGCAGCAGUAGCUACGCGCCCAGCAGCGGCAGCCUGAGCUGUGGUGGCGGCAGCAGCGCCAGCAGCACAUGCAGCAAGAGCAGCUUCGACUACACGCACGACAUGGAGGCAGCGCACAUGGCAGCCACAGCCAUCCUCAACCUGUCCACGCGCUGCCGUGAAAUGCCGCAGAACCUGUCCACUAAACCUCAGGACCUGUGCGCCACGCGGAAUCCUGAUGUAGAGGUGGAUGAGAAUGGGACCCUGGACCUCAGCAUGAACAAGCAGAGGCCGCGGGACGGCUGCUGCCCCAUCCUGACCCCCCUGGAGCCCAUGUCGCCUCAGCAGCAGGCGGUGAUGGGCACACGCUGCUUCCCGCUGAGCGAGGGUGACUGCUGGGACCUGCCUGUGGACUACACCAAAAUGAAGCCUCGAAGGAUAGACGAAGAGGAUUCCAAAGAGAUCACCCCGGAAGACUUGGACCCAUUCCAGGAGGCUCUGGAGGAGAGGAGGUAUCCCGGGGAGGUGACCAUCCCGAGUCCCAAGCCCAAGUUCCCCCAGUGCAAGGAGAGCAAAAAGGACUUGAUAACUCUGUCCGGAUGCCCCCUGGCGGACAAAAGCAUCCGAAGCAUGCUGGCCACCAGUUCACAAGAACUCAAGUGUCCCACCCCUGGCUGUGACGGUUCUGGACAUAUCACUGGCAACUACGCUUCUCACCGAAGCCUUUCAGGGUGCCCCCGAGCCAAGAAGAGUGGCAUCCGGGUGGCGCAGAGCAAAGAGGACAAGGAGGACCAGGAACCCAUCAGGUGUCCAGUGCCCGGCUGCGACGGGCAGGGCCACAUCACCGGGAAGUAUGCCUCCCACCGCAGCGCCUCGGGGUGCCCUCUGGCCGCCAAGAGACAGAAGGACGGGUACCUCAACGGCUCGCAGUUCUCCUGGAAGUCUGUCAAGACGGAAGGCAUGUCCUGCCCCACGCCGGGCUGUGACGGCUCUGGCCAUGUCAGCGGCAGCUUCCUCACACACCGCAGCUUGUCAGGAUGCCCGCGAGCCACGUCCGCCAUGAAGAAGGCAAAGCUGUCAGGAGAGCAGAUGCUGACCAUCAAGCAGCGGGCCAGCAACGGAAUAGAGAACGAUGAAGAAAUCAAGCAGCUUGAUGAAGAGAUUAAGGAGCUGAAUGAGUCCAAUUCCCAAAUGGAGGCUGACAUGAUCAAGCUUAGGACUCAGAUCACCACCAUGGAGAGCAACCUCAAGAGCAUCGAGGAGGAGAACAAGGUGAUUGAGCAGCAGAAUGAGUCCCUCCUGCACGAGCUGGCCAACCUCAGCCAGUCCCUGAUCCACAGCCUGGCCAACAUCCAGCUGCCCCACAUGGAUCCAAUCAAUGAACAAAAUUUUGAUGCUUACGUGACUACUUUGACGGAAAUGUAUACAAAUCAAGACCGUUAUCAGAGUCCAGAAAAUAAAGCCCUACUGGAAAAUAUAAAGCAGGCUGUGAGAGGAAUUCAGGUGUGAACAGCUGCUCUAGAGCAAAGGAUGCCUCUUGUUUUGCUGCUGUAACUUACCAGAAAGCGUUCUAUAUCCAUUCCUGUCUGAACCAGUGUGAUGCUUACGAGACUUCAUAAUGGUUUCACGUCUUGCUUUAAGGAUAGUACCUGCAGACUAGUUUUGGAAUACAUUCACAUUUUGUACGUUUUCAUAUAAGCUGACAUAGUGUGAUAUGCCAUGUAAUGUUUAUAGCUGCUAUUGUAUGCACAUUUGGGGGUAUAUAUAUUUCUGAAGAGGUAAGCGGAUCAAAAUAAAUAGAGUGUAAAUUCUUUUUAAUGCUUUAGUGAGUAAAUGUUUUAGUAUUUUGAACUGAAAUGGACAAAAAGGAAAAAAAUGAAAAAAAUACCCACACCCACAGCUGUGGAUGAUCAGGCGUGGCCCCUGUGGCCACGAGUUAAACACUAUCAUUUUGCCUCAUGUUGGAGGACUUUUAUGGAACUUAAGAAAUACAUUUUGUGUGCAUAUUGUUUCAUAGCAGGAAUUGGUUGCAAAAAAUGCUUUAUUUUUGAACAAUGCCUGGAAAUAUUAUGUGAUGUUUUUGUUUGUUUGUUUUAGGAGGAUGGUGUAUGGUGGGGGCAGUAAGUGAGGUUUUUUGCAUUCCAAGGAAAUGGCAUGUGGAUUAACUGUAAGACAUGAAAUAAGUAAUUUAUUGUAAGACAACAUCAAGCCAUGGAAACUUGGCGGAAGACUCAAAGCAGCUCCAACAGCACUU